AUGACGUCUAUUCAAUCAUCAGUCAUAGAGAAUAAACAUAUUAUAAGACCACCAAAGUUUGAUUCUUUCACUGUAAAAAGAUACUUCAAAACUAGGUUUCCUUCCUUAUUUGUUCCUAAAGAAGAGUUAGACCAAUAUACUAGACAAGAGAUCUGGAAUCCAUUCAAACCGUUAUUGGAAUUGAAUAGAAGACAAUGGACUUUUUUCAUAGUUGGUUUCUUGGGUUGGACAUGGGAUGCUUUUGAUUUCUUUGCUGUUUCAUUAAAUGUUGCCAAUUUGGCUGAAACUUUUGAUCGUUCAGUUAAACAAAUCACUUGGGGUAUUACUUUGGUUUUGAUGUUGAGAUCUGUAGGAGCUUUGAUUUUUGGGGUCUUAUCAGAUAGAUAUGGUAGGAAAUAUACCUACAUUAUAAAUUUGGCCCUUUUAAUUGUUUUACAAAUUGGAUGUGGAUUUGUUCAAACUUUUAAACAAUUUUUAGCAGUGAGAUCUCUAUUCGGUAUUGCCAUGGGAGGUUUAUUCGGUUUAGCUGCAGCCACUGCUUUAGAUGAUUGUCCUAAAUCUGCUAGAGGGGUUGUUUCUGGUUUAUUCCAACAAGGUUAUGCUUUUGGAUACUUAUUAGUUGUUUGUUUCCAAAGAGCUAUUACUGAUAAUUCUCCUCAUGGUUGGAGAGCUUUAUUCUGGUUUAGUGCAGGCCCUCCAGUUAUUUUCAUUGUUUGGAGAUUGUUAUUACCUGAAACUGAUGCUUAUAUUUUACAAACCGAAAAGCUUGCAUUGGAAAAAAGGAGAAUGGUGGAACAAGGUAUCCCACAGAAGAAAUUUUACCAAUUCAGUGAUCAUGCUUUGAAAGCUAUCAGAACUUAUUGGUUGAUGUUUAUUUAUUGUGUUGUUUUAAUGUCAGGGUUUAAUUUCAUGUCACAUGGAUCUCAAGAUUUAUAUCCAACCUUACUUACAGUUCAAUUGAAAUUUGGAAGUGACAGGUCUACUGUGACCAAUUCAGUGGCUAAUUUAGGUGCUAUGUUUGGAGGUUUUGUUGCUGGACAUUUCUCAACCUUCGUUGGUAGAAGACUUUUAAUUAUCAUUGGAUGUAUUUUAGGUGGUGCUUUGAUUUAUCCUUGGGCUUUCGUCACCAAUUCAGGAAUAAAUGCUGGUGCUUUCUUCUUACAAAUGUGUGUUCAAGGUUGUUGGGGUAUUAUCCCAAUCCAUUUAUCAGAAAUGGCUCCUCCUCAAUAUAGAGCUUUGAUUACAGGUUUAUCUUACCAAUUAGGUAAUUUAUGUUCUUCAGCUUCUUCUACUAUUGAAGCUACAAUUGGUGAAAGAUUUCCUUUGGAUGAUGGUGAACAUUAUGAUUAUUCAAAGACAAUGGCUAUCUUCAUGGGUUGUGUUUUCGCUUUUGUGUUGACUGUCACCUUUUUAGGCCCAGAAAAUAGAGGUGCCAAUUUCGAUAUCGAUAGAGAUGAGGAAUUUGAUGUUGCUCAUAAAGAUGAUGAUUUGGAAUCUUAUGAAUCUAAACCUCAACAUCAACAACAUGAAACUGUUUAG